GUUGAAAACAGUUGUACAUAUCCUCCAGUAAUUCCCAAUCUCACUCAGUGAAGUCAUGAGGCCUACAAGAAACAGAAAAAUUCCAAAGCGUUUAGAAGAUGCUGCUCCUGAUAGCAGAAAUGCUAGGAGCCCAAGGAGUCCAGGCAACUUGCGCUCACAGGCAGUCUCGAAAGGAAAAGUUGAAAAAAGACAAACCCGCAGUCGUGCUGACUUUGAAAAGGAAAAGAAAGCAGUUGAAACUCUGGUGCGACAUCCUGAGUCAGUUAAUUUGAGAAAGAGAACAGUGAGCAGUCCUAGAGUUUCGUCUCCCGAAGGAGUGUCCUCUAGAGAAAUUUCUCCUAGAAAAGUACGUGUGAAAUCUACAGCUGCUAAGAAAGUACAUGUAUCCUCUGGAACAAAGUUGCCCAACAAGACUACUUCUCAGAAGGGACGUUCUAAGCAGGGAAAUGCUAAUAAUCAGUCAGCUGAAACCAUCUCAGCCCAGAUUGUGAUUUCUAAAAGCUUGCCCUCCAAAACUGUACCAUCUCUUAACAAAGGAGUCCCUAAAAGUGUCCCAACAAAAACAUUGCCACCCAAAGUUGUGAAACUUAAAACUUUUUCUCCAAAAGCUGCUGAGUCAAAAGUUGUGGUAUCUCUCCCUCUUGAAAAAGCACCCACAAAAAUUGUGCCUCCUAAAGAUGUAACAUCCCCUAAAGUCGUAUCUACUGGAAAUGAUUCUCCCCAAAGUGUAUCUCCUUCGACAGAGGCUUGUGUCUGUUGUGGGAGAGUUGGGAUUUCUGGGAUGUUCAAGGUGGACAGCGUGAGGGGGAGGAUUAUGGAUUUGAAAAAUCUGAUCUCCCGUUUUGGUGGUAUUGAUAUUGCCUGUGGAAGUGUGUGUAAAGACUGCGUUCUCACACUUCAAGCCUUCGAAAAUCAGUGCAAGAAAUUUUUCAAGGUCUGCCAUAGAACUCAAGAUGCGGAGAUAACUACAAUCCAAGGGACACAUGAACAAAAUGACUCAGUUUUAAUUGAGGGAACACAAUCUGACUCACCUAUCAGUGAGAAAACACAGGAACUGUCUGAGUCAACUGUCAUUGGCGAAACUCAUGAACAAAAUGAGUCCGCUUCCAGUGAAUUAGCACCUGAACAAUCUGGGUCUUCGGCCACUGAGACAACAGGUCCUCAACUCUCAGCAUCUGUCACUCAGACUUCUGUAGGGUUAUCACAGAGCAAUAAGGAAUGCGAUACAGGCCAAUCUGCCAGCCAUGGUUUCUCAUCCAUGGAAACUCAGUGCGAUUUCUCAGAUGGAGAGGAAGAUGAUAACACAGGUUGUGAUAUGCAGAUUGGCCCACCUGAAGAGGAUUCGGUUGCUGAUGGAAGCAAUGUAACGCAGAGUUCCUCAGGGAAUGAACAGAGCUCAGCAAUUCCUUCUUCAACUGAGACUAAAGACUCACCGCAGAAUGCCACAAGAAGAAAAGUCAAAACAGUUAAAGUAUUCCCUGCACGAAAUACACUCUCCUUUCAGAAGCUAGUGAGCAUUAUUCCUAGGAAAGGAACAAAACAGAAUAACUCUGACAAAUCUGCUGGCAUUUUGUCACCCAUCAACCAGAAGACCGCAUUCUCUAAACUCGUAGGAACCCCAUCGAAGCAGUCCGAGAAGUCUGGAACAGGCCACAGCUCUGCUGAUGCUGAGAUGAUAACCCCUGACCAGUCAGAGAAAUCGUCGCCUGGUACGGGCCUUUUUCAGUCACCGACCAACUUUAUUUUGAAAUGUACACGAUGUAGCCUGACAUUUGCCUCUGUGGAUUUGCUCAAAGCUCAUGCUAAAGACAUUCACGGUCUUGAACUCAGUGAAGGCACAACCCUCUCAAUUGCAAACUCUUCUCCCUCAAAGUGGAUUUCCAUUCUUGGCAAGUCAGGAAAAUUGUCUCCAGCUAGAGCUUCAACUUUUGCUGUAGGUUCAAAGAAGUUCAUUUUCUUGAAAGUUUACAAAAAACGGGAAGAUAAAUCAGGAAGCAGUUAUAUUGAUUGUGGUGAAAAGCUUAGCAGUAAGUUGUUCAAGGCCCAGUUUGUAAAACAAACAGCUGGGCAUGGUGACCACACCUAUGAUAAAGAUAACUGGAUGGACACAGGUAGCCCAAAUGGCUCCGAUGAAGGACAGCCGACAACAAAGAUGUUUUCUAGAGAGCUACCAGCAGUAGUUUGUGGCCUGUGUAACAUGGCAUACUUCUCUACCAUGCAGUUGAGUGCCCACUACACAGAAAAACAUGGUGGUUUAUAUGAAGACCUUACAGAUCAGCACAUUGAAGUGUCCAAUAGUGUGCAGAAAUACAAGUGUAAUUUAUGUGGUUACCAGGUUAAAAAUCGAGUGGAUGUCAGCGAACAUAUCAGAGUGAAUCAUUCCAUACCAUCUCCCUAUAAAUGCACCAUGUGCCAGAAAAGCUUUAUAAACCGAAGGCAGGUUAAAAAUCAUCUUCCAACCCAUUUCACCAAGAUGAAAGGCUUCUGUUGUUGGAAGUGUAAAGAAGAGUUCACCAGCAGGAGCGCCCUGGAAGGCCAUUUUUGCUGGGUACAGAAGAUAAAAAGUAAGCACGAACCUAAAGAGGAGCCCAAACCAAGCGAUGCAAUGGACUCUGAAACUGAAGGCGAUCAUGAAUACCCAUGCCCUCUGUGUGAAAAACCUUUGCCCUCCAAGAAGCAGCUGAAGAUCCACUGGAAAGAGGCUCAUAACACUUUUGACAGUAAGAGAGAGGAUGGAGAACAGAAUGUGACGGAAUCUCUAUCAGACGUUGUCAGCUUGUCGGCUGAGGGUAGUACAUUCAUGAUGGAUGAUUCUGUUAUGGGAGAUGAUGACCAAAGCCAAGGAGCCAGAAACUUGUCAGGAGACAUUUCCUUAUCCGUUCUCAAUUCUUCCUUACCUUUUACUGCUGAGAAGAUCAGGAUGUACCUGUGUUCAUUGUGUAAUACAUCCUUCAGGACAACUCAGACUCUUUCUGUUCACUGGCAGGAAAAGCACAAUUCCUUAUUUGUAAACCAAAUGGCUGAGAAUGUGGAAGAGCAGCCGGGAUUGGACAAAUACAGAUGUAAACUCUGCUCCAGGUGUUUUACGUCAGAGAAGUCUAUUUCGGAGCACAUGAGAACCGAGCAUUCCAUGACUAAGCCCUUCAAGUGCGUUCUUUGCGACAAAGCAUUGACAUCUAAAAAAAAGAUGAGGACGCAUCUACGGGCGCAUUUCCCCACCAGUCUGUUUCGAUGCUCGGAGUGCAGCAAUGAGUUCAAAACCCAGGAAGAGAUACUGAAACACAGCUGCUGGGUGAACUAUGUCCAAAAGCGGUUGCAGGAGGAAAACAUGAAGGUCAAAACGGUUACGGUUACAGAUGAUACGGGAACUGUUAAUGUUGUGAGUGCUGAACCGGUCAAGAAAACCUUCUGCUGUUCUUUGUGUCGUCUGACUUUCAGAUCCACCAGGAUUUUGUCUAGACACUGGGAAGAGACGCACGAUGUGCAUAUUGAGAAGCUGAAGACCGAGAAGCCGGAGUCGUCUGUGGAACUGCCAAAGAAAACAGAGGCGUACCAAUGCCAGAGAUGCGGGGAACAGUUCGCGAAGAGAAGACUGUUCGAUCGACACAGGUCGAAACAUACCUUACCGAAGUGCUACAAGUGCACCAUCUGCCAUCAGACUUUCGACCGAAUGGAAAAGGCUCGGCUCCACCUUCGCUUUCAUCUGUCUACACGACCAGACAUUUGUCAUAUUUGCGGAAAGUCUUUCAUGGCUAGGAAACACUUGCGAAAUCACAUCAGAACGGUCCACGGUGCUCCUGAAGAAAAAAUGAAAUACGUCUGCGAGGAAUGCGGGAAAGGCUUCUGUUUCUCGCACAGUUUAAAGCGCCAUCGAGAGGCCAUCCACAUGGCGGAGGCGGACAAGCCUUUGAACCACAAAUGUAAUGUCUGUGGGAAAGGAUUCUUCGUUCGCUCCAGAUUGUUGUACCACUUGAGCUCUCACUUAGACCACGCCCCUCAUGUCUGUAACAUUUGCGGGAAAGCCUUCAAGUGCCGUUUGAGCCUGAGAGCUCACCACAAAGGUCACUCGGCCGUCAACCGCUAUGGUUGUAGCAUUUGCCAGAAGAGGUUCUCUCACAAGCUGAUUCGGACCGCUCAUCGGCUGGUUGAGCAUCACAAAGGCUGCCCCACAUGCGGGCUAGCGCUGUUCACGAAAAAGGAUGCGGUCAUGCACAGACGUGUCUGUAAUGGAUUUGCAAAGAUACAAGCUGAAGAGGAAGCGGCUGAGCCUGUACAUGGACAGUUAAACCCCUUGGAUGAAGCAGUCCCAGCUGCUGCAGCUUUGAGCAUUGAAUGUGACACAAACACGGGGCAAACAUCGGCAGAGCUCAAUGACACAACCAACGGGGCAAUACCGAUGAAAAUGUUAACUUUUGGCGUGGCGAUAUCAGUCUGGGAUGUCACUCAUAUUAAUAGAGAGAGCAAUGUACGGUAUCAAAGUUUCAUAGUCUCGCAAGAACUACAUUACUCUAAAUCUAAAACCUACAAAAUGUACGAGUCUACAGCCUCGUUGUCAGAUCGUCGGGUACUCGACGCCAUUUGUAAAAAUUCUGUUUUUGGGCAUGCUCUGAGCCAGGUUUCUCGUGAGGAAACGAUGUCAUGUCCAAAAGGAAUAGCAGGCGGGAGACUGCCGCAGUUGUUUCAAAGAUGUUUGAUCUGUGGGUUAACCAAGAAUGAAACACCCGCACAGUUUCGCUGGAUCGGUCUCAACAUGCUGUCAAACUGGAAACGUCGACGCCAAGCUGCUGUGUGGAUUAAAGACUACAUCGGCCUUGAAGUGAACCAAGCUUGCCUAUGUCACCAGUGUUUCGUGCACUUAGAAACACUGGACGAAAGAGUGCAGACACUGAAGGGAAAAUGCAUGAAGAAUAUAAAGUCUUUGGCAGUUACUAUAGGUUCUUCAGAGUCUGAUCAUACUUAUUCGGUUGGUGAAGAUGAAAAAAAUCUUGAUGUGAUAAUUCCUGAAAAAUUUGCCAGGCUAAUGAUGACAGGGCUGUCAGAUGGAGAAGGAGAGCAAGAAGAGAAACCUGAGUUUGUUUCCACUGAUGCCAAAGAAUCCCAGGAAUCGUUCCUAUGUAUGGUUUGUGGUAUGAGAUUUAAUUCUCAACACUUGCUGAAGAGCCAUGCUGAAAGUCAUGGGAAGUCUGUACAGCCCGCUAGGAAACGAAGGUCAAAGGGUCAGGUGGUUGUGAAGGAGAAAGAAAAGGAGAUCAUUCCAGAUUUGAAUGCCUGUGACGGACCUGUUACCAGGGGCAGAAGUGCUAGGGCUGCAAGUAACAAAUCAAUACUUCCAAAGAAGUCUUGUGGCACUGCUUCAGGUAAAAAGUCACUUGAUGUGUUGGACACUUCUGUAUCUAGUGUGCCAACCUUUUACACACAGUCAGUCGAAAUUGGCCAGCAAGAGGAAACCAACGGACGAGAGAAGCCCACAAAACGAAAGUACAACAAACCAAAUGAACAAGGAGAGACAACAGCAAAGAAAAAAAGGGUGUACAAGUGCAAGAUAUGUCCGGCUGAGUUCACUUCUACUCUUUACUUUUCACGACAUCUGGAGAGCCACGAUAAAUAUUACAGUGACGUGGCAUUGGAUAAUGUGACCUUGGUGGACCAGAGCGGAAAGCCUUACCAGUGCAAGAUCUGUGGUAAUGAAUUCGGGUCUGACGAUAAGGCUUUUAAUCAUAUGAAAGAAGUUCAUUUACAGUCUUUACCCUACCAGUGCAAAAUCUGUGACAGUAAGCUCGCCAGUCGGUCCAGUAUGCGUUUACAUCUGUUAAGUCACUCUGGGAACAAGUCAUUUCAGUGCCACAUCUGUUCCAGAAAGUAUGGUUACCUAGGUGCUCUCAACAGACACCUGAAAACUCACAAGACGAAGGACCAUUUGUGUCAGCUGUGCGGAAAGCUGUUCUCCACCAAGAGCAGUUUGGAACAGCACCACAUAAGGAUUCACAGUAAAACUUUGGUCAAGUCCCAUGCUUGCGAGGUGUGCGGCAAACGCUUCGACAGACUCUCCAAAUUAUCACUGCACAGAACAAUUCACUCUAAGGACAAAAACCAUCUCUGUGACAUUUGCGGGAAGACGUUCAAACAUGAGUGGGUCCUCAGGAACCACACGAAGCUGAACUGUCGAGAUAAGGUUGAAAGCGAACUGAAGCGUAAAUGCAAACCACCCACUCAAGCAAGAGCCGCUAAAUGCCCUAGGCCGCACAAGUGUACGGCUUGCAACCGUCGAUACGCCACCGUGGAGCAACUGGCGGAUCACGUCACUCUUAGUCACGAAAAAGAAUGUAUUUUGUGCGGAGUUGCAAUUUAUUCAGGAGCAGCUUUACGGGCGCACAAAACUGUUUGUCAGUUAGGACAAAUUAAAUCUGGAAAUGUCAGUGGCCCUAAAGAGCACAAUUCUAAACUUAGCCCCGUAGGAACAACGGACGGUGAGCCGAAUGACGCUCCGGUUAAUGGUGAACCGGAAGCCGUUGUCUCUGACCAGCCAGAAGAUCUGAGUAACUCCCCUUUAGACUGCCAGAAGUCCAAUUCUACACACGGUAUCAACCAUGGAGAUGUCGAGUUCAGUCACCCACAAGAAAGCAAGAACAGCGGUCCAGGCAAAAGGGACGACGCUCUCCCUGUCGAAUCUACUUCAAAUGAGUCUGUCAUUCAGUCUCGUAGUGCAACAGACUUCGCUGUAGAGAGCAUCUUGUACACUCUAUCUGAGGGUGCCAAACCCACCCCUGCUGAGGGCCAUGUCCUACAGUCUACGGUAGACACGGUUCAGGAAGACCCUGCUACUUCUUCGGCAGGUCAACUGUAUAACCAGAGCCAGAGAGACUUGGGGACUAAUGUGCCUACUCCAUUUACAAUCGACACGGCUAUGGCAGAGACUUUAACUGCAGCAGGGGUUACGGGAUCACAGAUACGUAUGGAGGAUGGCACGAUUGUCCUCUUGUUAGACGAACACAUUGUCUCCGCUCCCUCUCAGACAGGAAGGGUUUUUACAAUUAUAGAAGCAGACGGUGUUAGUGAAACAAUUCUUAAUCAGUAAAACGCCAUUUCUGUUAUGUCCUCAACGCGAAUCCGUCUAAUCCUUAUCAUAAAGUAUUAUGUGUUGCUUUAACUGUUGCCUUGCCUCGAAAUGUUCUUGUUUUGGACAUGACAAGUAAUAGAAUAGUAAUAGUAAUAAAUUUUGAUGUCUC